AUGCAGACAGCUUCAAUAUUUAAUGGAAAAUAUGUUGUAUAGAAGAAGAUAUCGUCUGGCUCUUUUGGAGUGGUUCUAUUGGGACACGACAAAGAUAAAAAUAUCGAUGUGGCAAUAAAAAUAGAGAAGGAAGAGAACGAGGAUGUGCGUUCUUUGGAGAGGGAAGUUCAAGUUUUGGAGAGGUUAAAUGGAAUUGAAGGAGUUCCUAAAAUAUAUUGGCAUGGCGAGCAGGAUGAUUUUAAUGUUAUUGUUAUGCAAAUUUUGGGAAAGGACUUAUCUCAUUAUGUGAAGAGCAAAAAGAAAUUUUCCUUUAAAACAACAAUCCAAUUAGGAAUUUAAAUAGUAAAGGUUUUAGAGAGAAUCCACAAUAAAGGAGUUGUUCAUCGGGAUUUGAAGCCUGAAAAUGUGUUAUUUGGAAUAGACGAUGAAUCUUCUAAAAUUUAUGUAGUGGAUUUUGGAAUAAGUAAAAUAUUUCGAGAUAAAAAUGGAAAUAUUCAGUAAAUUAUUCAAAUUUACUUAGUCCAUUUCGUGACAACACAUCUUUCAUAGGAACAACUCGAUACGCUUCUAUAGCAGCACAUAAAGGCUUUGAGUUGAGUAGAAAGGACGAUAUUGAAUCUCUGAUUUAUGUUUUGCUGUACUUCAUGAAAGGGUAAUGGAAUUGUGAAUAAUAAAAAGUCUAGGCAGUUACCAUGGCAAAAUAUGUAGAAUGUCAGUGAUGAGGAGAGGACAGCCAAAGUUGGAGAGAUGAAGAUGUCCAUCGAUCCUAGAGAAUUAUGUAAAGAUGUACCAAUAGAAUUUGCAAUUAUACUUGAGUACUGAAAUUCAUAAAAUGAUUUAGGUAUCUUAAACAAUUACAAUAUUUGAGUGAGCCAGAUUACAAUUUGAUUCAAUAGUAGUUUGAAAAAGCAGCAGAAAAUUUGGGUAUUUAGUUGGACUACUCUUAUGAUUGGGAUUAGUAAUAGCCAAUGAAAAUUUCAUAGAGUGUUCAUUCUGACAUCAUGCAAAGAUCCACUACUUUAAACUAAUAAUUAUAACUUCCAUCUACUGGUGAGAUGAAAAAAUCAAUUGAUAAACAAGGAAGCAACCUCAUCAGAUAGUAUAAAUCCAUUUAAAUCUGAUUAGAAUGAGUAAUAAUCAAUUCUUAGCUCCUCCUCAAUCAAAUUAGUUACAAGCUCAUGCUCUAAAAAGACAAGAUUCGUCCUAGUAGCCAAGUAUCGUAUCUGGCAGUGUAAUGCUAAGUACGUACAAUUCGAUAAGGCCAAAAUAUUAAGCUUCUCAGUUGGGCAUAGACGUUAAAGUGAGUAUAGAUAGUGCACCUAAAGAAUUUCUAUAGGAGUAGAGGAAGACUUCAGAGUCAGCAUAAUAAAAAGCACAAAAUUGCAAUACUGAAACAGUCGGGUGGAGAGACUCAAUCUUUGAGGAGAACUUUGAUGAUCUCCCAUUAUCUAAGAAAUAUGGACUUCUUUAAUAAAAGGGAGUUGAUAUGUAACAAUCAAUUCUUACAAAUAAUUUUAGGUAUAGAAAGUAAAUGAAUUCUAGUGCUAGCCCAAACAGACCUAAGAAAAAACAAUGA